GUUGGGGUUGUCCGGUCUUCGCCCCCAAACCCAUCAAUACUAUCUACUUCGUACAUCUCUAAAUUAGACUAAAUACUAAUAAACGACGACAUAGAAAUACAUUUAUAUUUCAAGUACUAGUCGUCGACUAUCUCGCUCUAGGCGUAUAUCGAUAAGAAAUGCCUAACGCUAUUCGAGACCUCCUUGUUGUCGAUGAUACAUCAUACCCUUAUAUCUUCGAACAGAACGUGACCGUGACGCUCAAACUUGAUAAUGGUUUGAUCCGCUGUAACGUUUAUCGCCCGAAAAGCUCCGGAUCUGUCCCAGCCCUAGUCACAUAUGGACCUUACGGUAAAGACAUCCACUAUCAAGAUUUUCAUCCUAAGUCGUUUUCUGAGGUUAACCCCCAGCAUAAAUCUCCACAUUCAGCUUGGGAAACGCCAGACCCGGCUUUCUGGACUAGUCAUGGCUAUGCCGUCGUUCGCGCAGAUGAGCGGGGAUCAGGGCAAUCCCCAGGUGUUCUCGACACGAUGUCGCGGGGAACAAGCGAGGCCUUCUGCGAUGUCAUCGAGUGGGCUUCGAACCAGCCCUGGUCGAAUGGAAAAGUAGGCUUGCUAGGAAUCAGUUACUAUGCCGGGAGCCAAUGGCGCGUGGCCGCGCGGAGACCUAAGGGCUUGUCUGCCAUUAUCCCUUGGGAGGGCAUGUCCGACUACUUCCGAGAUAGGUGCCGCCAUGGCGGUAUACUCUCGAAUGCGUUCAUAAAGUUUUGGUGGGAUCGGCAGGUCAUCACUAAUCAAUAUGGAAAACCUGACAGAAAAGCGAGUAACUGGGGACCUGAUACAAUCGAGGGUGACCUAACAGACGAUGAGCUCCAGGCUUCUCGGCGAGACCAGACCAUUGACAAUCAGAAGAAUCACUACCGCGAUGAGCCGUAUUAUGCCUCGAAGGAGUAUGAUAUGGGUGAUAUCCAGGUGCCCCUGCUCUCUGUGGGAAACUGGGGAGGUAUUUUGCUACAUCUGAGAGGUAAUUUAGAGGGCUACGUACAUGCGGGCUCCAAGUUUAAAUAUCUCCGCAUGAUUACCGGCAGACAUGAUCUUCCGUUUUAUUAUGAAGAAGAGGUCGAGGUUCAGCGGAGUUUCCUAGACGCUUUCCUAAAAGGAGAGGAUAGAGUUGGUUGGUCUCAAGAAGGCAAGGUCGCGCCCGUAAGUCUAGUCUUGCGAAAAGGUAAUGUCGGAUUCAAUGAUGCCGAAAAAGAAAAGAAUUAUCCGAGGCGGGAGGAAAAUGAAUGGCCAAUCGCACGGACGGUGUAUAAGAGAUUCUUCCUUACGCCAUCCCUGGGCCUAACCCUCGAGGAACCGCCCACGGCAUACGCAAAGACCAAGAUAUCGUACCGCGCUCUGGGUACAUUAGAGAAGCCCGAGUUUGUCCAAUUUAUCACUGAGCCCUUUUCUGAAGAGACAGAGAUUACGGGCUACAUCACUGCCCAUAUUAAUGUCUCUGUAAGCCCAGAUCGCGAUGGACCGUGCCCGACUGAUAUCGACCUUUUCGUGACCCUGCGGCACAUCGGACCAGACGGGACAGAAAUAUUCUACACUGGCACCGCUGGAGACCCCGUGCCUUUAACUAAGGGCUGGCUCAGGGCCUCGUUCCGCAAGGUCGACAAAGAGAGCCCUAAGCAUCGCGAGUGGCUUCCACACCGCAAUUACACAAGUCGUGAUGUGCUGUCUGUGAUACAAGGGGAGAUAUAUCCCAUAGACAUCGAGAUCUGGCCAACGAACGUCAUAAUUGAAAAGGGAGGAAGACUGGUGUUUGAAGUUGCAUCUGGUGAUACGCAGGGAUCAGGAAUUUUCAGACAUGACGAUCCCGUGGAUAGGGCUCCUGAAAUAUUCCAAGGUGUAAACCACAUAUGCUUUGGACCUACAACAAUGAAUUACGUGACUCUCCCUGUCAUACCAAUGAAAUAGGGCUGCCGCUUGGCGAGACUGUCGUGCCACCAAAAACACGAAACUGAGAUAUUGGCAUGAUUCUAUGGGUAUUUUCUUGGAAUAUUUAAUUAAGAUAGUGGAUCAAUUCGUGAGUAUUGAUUAAUUCAUAAUAGCUAUAAUAUUGAUUCUCCGCGAUGGUAUUGGAUGUAAUUCAUUGCAGCCCCGUGGAGGAAUCGGAGGGUACAACAACGUUUUUGCAUUUACGUCUCAUGAUUCUCACUUCUUUUGUAUAUAGUCCUAAUACUUGUCGUUUAAAUAAAGUUAUUUUUCAAU